UUCACACUAUAUUAAAUCAAUUUUUCUAUUAAAAUAUAGUGCGUUAACUAUUCUCUUUCUAUAUAUUUUUAUUCUAUUGUUGAACUUGAAAUCUAUUAUUACUUUUCAUAAUUAUAUUUAUAUUGAAAUUAAGAAGUGAGUUUUGGACGAUGGCAAAGUUAGGUAGUCUCCUCCUCAGGACUGUAAUGCUCUUAAUUGUAAUAAGCUUCUCGGCGGCUUUAGCCGACAUAAGCCGGAGUAGCUUUCCUGAAGAUUUCAUAUUCGGAGCAGGUUCUUCUGCUUAUCAGUCUGAAGGGGCAUCGCUAGCAGAUGGAAGAGGACCAAGUGUGUGGGAUACUUUCACUCAUAUAAAUCCAGAUAAGAUUUCCGAUCAAAGCAACGGAGAUGUAGCUAAUGAUUUUUAUCAUCGCUAUAAGGAAGACAUACAGAUGAUGAAGAAAAUUGGCCUAGAUUCGUUCAGAUUUUCCAUCUCAUGGUCGAGAAUAUUACCUAAUGGAAAAAUUAGUGGAGGUGUCAACUCAAUUGCGGUCAAAUUCUACAACAAUCUCAUCAAUGAACUUCUUUCAAAUGGAAUCAAACCACUUGUGACAUUACUACAUUACGACACACCACAAGCACUUGAAGAUGAGUAUACUAGUUGGUUAAGCCCUAAGAUAGUCAAUGAUUAUCUAGAGUAUUCAAACUUUUGUUUCAAAACAUUUGGCGAUCGAGUCAAGUUUUGGGUUACAAUGAAUGAGCCAAAUGGAUUAUGUAUAAAUGGGUACAAUAAUGGUAUCAUGGCACCUGGUCGCUGCUCUAACUAUAUUGGAAACUGCUCUAGUGGUCACUCAGCAACUGAACCCUACAUUGCAGCACACCAUAUGCUUUUAGCUCAUGCAGCUACUGUGAGAUUGUAUAGAGUAAAAUAUCAGCCAUAUCAAAAGGGAACAAUAGGGAUUACUAUAAUAUCUCCAUGGUUUAUACCAAAAUACAGCACACCAGCAAGUCGUAGAGCGGCAAAUAGAUCCCUUGAAUUUUUCUUUGGAUGGUUUGCACACCCAAUAACAUACGGUGACUACUCACAAAUAAUUAAAUCAACUGUUGGAGAAAGACUUCCAAAGUUCACUAAAGCACAAUCAAAAUUGCUUACUGGAUCUUUGGAUUUCCUGGGGUUGAACUAUUAUACUUCUUUUUAUGCGGAAGAUGUUACGUUCUCUAACUAUAGCGUUGAACAGAGUUAUGAUGCAGAUAUUCAAGCAAUUUUCACAAGUUACAAGAACAAAACUCCAAUUGGCACUCCGACUGCUUCAAGUUGGCUUUUUAUUUGUCCAAAGGGAAUCCGAGAUAUUUUAUUCUACAUAAAAGAGAAAUAUAACAACCCACCGAUAUACAUCACAGAAAAUGGAAUGCCAGAUGCAAACAACAGCUCUUUGUCGAUUAAAGAAGCAUUAAAGGACAUCAUGAGAAUAAGAUACCAUCAGGACCAUCUCUCGAAUCUUUUAGAAGCUAUCAAGGAUGGAGUCAAUGUGAAGGGAUACUAUAUCUGGAGUUACAUGGAUGACUUUGAAUGGAGUAAUGGUUACACUCUUCGCUUUGGCCUUAUUUUUAUUGACUUCAAGAAUAAUCUUCAAAGAUAUCUUAAAUACUCAGCAUACUGGUUAAAAAUGUUCCUCCAUAAGAAUCCAAUAAAUAUUAUUUGAUGUGAUUAUUACGAAUGUACAGAGCUAUGCAAUUAUAUAUGCAUGCCUUAAUUAUGAGAGAACAUUUCAUACAUUCAGCUGUGUGAACUUGUAGUAGAAACUUCAUAAUCGACACAUAACAAACUUAUAACAGUUGUGUAAUUUAUAACAAAUUAGAUUAAUAACUAAUUUUUUUCUGGCGACUUA